CCAGCGACUGCCACAACACAAGUGACAAGUGCUCAGUGUCAAGUGUCAAGUUCUUUCGCUCAACUCACAACUCAACUCGCAACUUUCCUUUCAAGAUGGCCGAUCCUAAGAAUCUCCUGCUGCUGUUCGAGCACCCAACGGAGCCCAUCUUCAUGGACAAGGGCAAGAAAGUGACCGUCUUCGAUUUGCCCGACAACUAUCUGACCGAUCGCUAUCGUCCCAUCAGCUCUGAGGUUCAGAGCCGUAUUGCCGAAAAGGUCGAGCAGCGUGUUCCAGUGCGUGAGAUCUCCAUUCCCGAUCUGCGCAUUCCCAUGUCCCUGGGCCGUGACGAACAGUUCUCGCUGUUCGUUCCGAAGCACCGCAGGAUCGCAGCGCGUCUCAUCGACAUUUUCAUGAACUUGCGCUCGGUGGAUGACCUGCAGAGUGUGGCUGUCUAUGCUCGCGAUCGUCUCAAUCCCGUCUUGUUCAACUAUGCGUUGUCCGUGGCACUAUUGCAUCGUCCCGAUACCCAGGGCCUGGAUCUGCCCUCGUUUGCGCAGACCUUCCCCGAUCGUUUUGUCGACUCGCAGGUGUUCCGUGAGCUGCGCGAAGAGGCCUUUGUGGUGCAGCCCGGCUCUCGAAUGCCCAUUGUUAUACCCCGUGAUUAUACGGCUUCGGACUUGGAGCCAGAGCAUCGUUUGUGGUAUUUCCGUGAAGAUUUGGGCAUCAAUCUCCAUCAUUGGCAUUGGCAUUUGGUUUACCCCUUCGAGGCGGCCGAUCGCUCAAUUGUGAACAAGGAUCGUCGUGGCGAACUCUUCUACUACAUGCACGAACAGAUUAUCGCUCGCUACAACAUGGAACGCUUCAGCAACAACCUCGCUCGUGUGCUGCCCUUCAACAAUCUGCGUGAUCCCAUUGCCGAGGGAUAUUUCCCCAAGAUGGACUCGCUGGUCGCCAGUCGCGCCUGGCCUCCACGUUUCGACAACACACGCAUUAACGAUUUGAAUCGCGAGCAGGAUCAAAUCAAUGUGGAAGUCGGCGAUCUGGAGCGCUGGCGGGAUCGCAUCUAUGAGGCCAUACACCAGGGUUUCGUCAUGGAUGAGCGCGGUCAGCAAGUGGCUUUGGAUGAAGCUACAGGCAUCGAUACGCUGGGCAACCUACUGGAAUCCUCUAUUCUCUCACCCAAUCGCACUCUGUAUGGUGAUCUGCACAACUUUGGCCAUGUGUUCAUCUCGUAUGCCCACGACACAAACAACAAGCACUUGGAAUCGUUUGGCGUCAUGGGCGACUCCUCGACAGCCAUGCGUGAUCCGGCCUUCUACAAAUGGCACGCCUACAUCGAUCGCAUCUUCCAGGAGCACAAGUCACGCCUGCCCGCCUACACGGACACCCAGCUCAACUAUGCGGGCAUCUCGAUCACUGGUCUCCAGGUGGCCACCAAUGGCGGUCAGCCAAAUGUGCUGAACACUUUCUGGCAGCAAUCCGAUAUGGAUUUGUCACGCGGCUUCGACUUUACGCCACGCGGCAACGUGUUUGCCCGCUUCACCCAUCUGACCCAUACGCCCUUCACCUACACCAUCAAUGUGAACAACGAUGGAGGCGCCCAGCGCUUUGGCUACAUGCGCAUCUUCAUUGCGCCCAAGAACGAUGAGCGUGGGCAGCCGAUGCUGAUGCGUGAACAGCGCUUGAUGAUGGUGGAGCUGGACAAGUUUGUGGUUGCGCUCAACCCAGGACCCAACACCAUUCGCCGUCGCUCCACGGAGUCCAGUGUGACCAUUCCAUUCGAGAGAACUUUCCGCAAUCUGGAUGCCAAUCGUCCAGCUGCUGGCACUGCUGAGGAGCUCGAGUUCAACUUCUGUGGCUGCGGCUGGCCAAAUCACAUGCUCAUUCCCAAGGGUCUGCCCGAGGGUCUGCGCUGCGAUCUCUUCGUCAUGGUUUCCAACUACGAGAACGAUAGAAUCGAUCAGGAGCUUGUGGGACGCUGCAGCGAUGCUGCCAGCUAUUGCGGUGUGCGCGAUCGUCGUUAUCCUGAUCGCCAGUCGAUGGGUUAUCCAUUCGAUCGCCUGCCACGCACUGGUGCCGAUCGUCUGGUCAACUUCCUGACCCCCAACAUGAGCAUUGUGGAUGUGAGCAUUCGCCACGACAAUACAACUACCACGCGCCAGGCCUAGACACAGUUUUCGAGAUGACCCCGAGUUGAUGACACCGCACAGACAAUUUAUUAUUUACAUAUAUGCUAGACUUAGAUACAUUUUACAAGCAGAAUUAUUGCAUCUUUAUUGAAGCUUAUAAUAAACGCAUCAUGGCAUUUAAAAAAUAAUAAU